UCUCCUAUUUGGUUACUAAACUUUUGAAACGAAUUAUAAAACGACCUUGAAACGAUUGCGGUAAGACUUACUAAUUAAGGCUCGCUUUUGAAGGUAGUGCGUUGCACUAUGACUGUGGACUCCGAAGGCAAUAAAAUAGUAGUUUGCGACAACGGGACGGGAUUUGUUAAGUGUGGGUAUGCUGGAGCUACGUUUCCGGAAUAUAUUUUCCCGUCACUUAUUGGAAGGCCAAUACUGCGUGCAACAUCUCGUGUGGGCAAUUUGGAGGUUCAAGACCUUAUGAUUGGUGAUGAAGCUAGUGAAUUGAGACAAAUGUUGGAGAUAACUUACCCCAUGGAGAAUGGUAUUGUGAGAAAUUGGGAUGAUAUGAUCCAUCUAUAUGAUUAUAUAUUUGGUCCGAAGAAGAUGAAUAUCGAUCCCAGACAUGCAAAGAUCCUAUUGACAGAGCCUCCAUUCAAUCCUCUCCGCAACAGAGAAAAAAUGGUCGAGGUCAUGUUCGAGAAAUAUGGAUUUAACGCUCUUUUCAUUGCGAUCCAAGCAACAUUGACUCUUUAUGCUCAAGGUCUUAUGACUGGUGUUGUGGUCGAUUCUGGCGAUGGCGUUACUCAUAUAUGCCCAGUUUACGAAGGGAUCUCUCUACCUCAUUUGACAAGGCGUCUAGAUGUUGCCGGUCGCGAUAUCACACGUUACCUGAUCAAGCUUUUAUUACUACGUGGCUAUGCAUUCAAUCAGACAGCAGACUUUGAUACUAUCCGUCAAAUGAAGGAAAAGUUAUGCUAUGUAGCAUAUGACUUGGAACAAGAGCAAAGUUUGGCUUUAGAUACCACUGUCCUGGUCAAAAAAUAUACGCUACCUGAUGGUCGUGUGAUCAAAGUAGGUGGAGAAUUGUUCGGUGCACCUGAAGCUCUUUUUCAACCUCAUUUAAUUGAUCAUGAAGGUGUUGGUAUGGCAGAACUACUAUUCAAUACAAUUCAAGCUGCUGAUAUUGAUACAAGACCAGCAUUUUAUAAGCAUAUUGUAUUAAGCGGUGGUAGUACAAUGUAUCCUGGUCUGCCUAGUCGAUUAGAACGUGAAAUUAAACAAUUAUAUUUACAAAAUGUACUUAAAGGUGAUACAGAACGAUUUUCAAAAUUCAAAAUAUGUAUUGAAGCCCCACCUCAACGUAAACAUAUGGUAUUCAUAGGUGGAUCAGUUUUGGCGAGUAUUAUGAUGAAAGAGAACGCCUGUACAACAUGGUUAACUCGUGCUGAAUAUGAAGAAAAAGGACUAAAAAUUUAGAAAGAUUAAAUUAUUAUAAAUAGACAAAAUGGUUUCCCGUCCGUCCGUCCGCCCGCCUGCCCAUCCAUCCAUCCACCACAUGACCUUGACUGUUAAGGUUAUUUUGUCGAAGAGUAUAAUUUGACAAGCAAGUCAUCUGUUGUCUUUUCUUUACUUUAUCUUGUUCACGUGUUUGUUUGUUUGUUUUUUACUCAAUAUUCUUUUUAUUUUGCUUUGUCCCAUAUCUCUUAACUUCUGAUGAACCUAAAGUAAUGAAAAAUCCUACGGAAUCAUCUGUGGAAAUGUCUGUUUCAUUGUGAAAUUUAAAACUACAUUCAAGUGUGAAUCAUAGUAAAGAGAGAAAGAGAAAGACGCCAAUUUCACACGUGUAUAAUGAAUUACAACAAAGACGAAAUUGCAUAAUUCUCUGAUGCCAUUAUUAUUAUUAUUAUUACUAUUAUUUUCUACCAUUAUUAUUAAUUAAAUACAGAACGAACCGAAAUUAGGAAUUUUGAUGCUAACAAUUAUGUAAUCAUGUUUUAUUUUGUUUUUCUUUGAAUAAUUCAAAUAUUUUUGGUGACUUCAUUUACUUCCUUCAUUCUGUUUUGCCAUUGUCUUCAAUAUGACUGGUUUUUUUUACUCUUUAUGUAAAGUGUCCAUGUUACAUUUCAGUCUUAUCCCAGAUGAGCAGUAUGAGAGGACGCUGGUGUAGAAUAUUUCAACGUUAGAAUUCAAUUGUGUAUCAGUAGAUUUCUAUCUGUCUAUCUAUCUAUCUGAUUCCAUUUUAUGACUGCGUGAUCAGGUAGAUAUGCUAUGUCAAAGUAGCCAGCCAGGGUCAGUUAGAUUAGCA